AGCUCCCCCACCAUGCCAACGAGUGGCAGGGAGCGCCAGACUGUUUUUCUUUUGGACAGGGGCUGGGCACAGGGCAGCAGAGUGGACACCGCCGACGAGCUGAGGAUUUAACUGAUAGUCAGGGAGGUUUUGGGUCAGAGUUAUGAAGGUGGGGGCUGCUACCUUGGUCGGGGGUAUAUUUGGGUCAGUGGGGACUCUGUGUUUCUUCAUAGCCUUUGCUACAGACUACUGGCUGGUGGCCAGUGACAACUGUGGACCGAAUACAUGGCCGACGCAAACAGCACUGACAGGGGAGAAAGAUGCCAAUGGAACUGAGAUCCAGUCGGUGGAGGUCGUCACUGAUGGCCCUCUUCCGUCUCUCACGCUGCACCACGAGGGCUUCUUCUGGCGGUGUGUGUUCCAGGUGGAGCCCUCAGCGCACGCAGUCCUGGCCACUCUCUUCACAAACCAGCCAGAAUCCAAGGUCUGCGUCCAUGGUUACCUCUUCCCUCUGCCUGUCGCUCUUGGACAGGUUCCGCAUCCAAGUUACGAUGCGACAGCAGUGUUUCGGGGUUUCUGGACCGUGCUCAUAAUCCUCGGCCUGGUGGCAGCUUUGACCGGACUCUUCCUCCUGGUGUGCGGCGGCCCCUUCAUCAGUCACAAGCUCUACAAGCUGGGUGGCGCUUUCCUCGUCACUGCUGCCUGCCUGUUCCUGUUCAUGCUGCUGCUCUACGUGCUGUGGAUGGAGCUGGUGGACGUGGAGCGCUACGUCCUGCAGGAGAGAAUGGAGGCGUGUCCGAGCGCCCAGGUCUCAGUGCUCUACGGCCUGUCGUUCAUGGUGGCCGCUGCCGGCGUGCCCCUGGAGCUCGUCUCCGGGUUGGUCUUCAUGCUGGUGGGCCGUGCGCUGCAUGCCAGCAAGUGAGCUUUCCAUCUGGCCUGUGGUGGAACAAAAGACUGACCUUUAUUUGUCCUGCAACUGGGACCGAGCAGCACACUGGUGGGAUGUAAAUACAAGCUGCAAAGACGCGAUUAAUAUUAGAGCAGCGUGCAGUCAGAGACAAUGAGUCGAUGUAUCAGUUUUUACAAACACGCUUUGAUUAUUUCUAUAAAAUCAUUCUGUACUGUAGAAUGAUACCACAGUAACUCAGAUGUACAGUCUAUGGGAUUAGUGUGGUGUGAUAUGGAUGUGAAUUGGGGAUAAAGGAACCAUGUAUGACGUGCCUGUUUUUUUUUUUUUUUAAAUAAAUUG